GCUCAGUUUCCAACGCAACCCCCAACCCUCUCAAUUUCAAACCAGUGAACCCACUUGAUCUGCCUUACUACUCCUCGUCGCCUCAACCAAUACGCACUGCACGACCUGGAAUACUCCCCCCGUAACGCUCUUUAGAACUCACGCCAAGGCCAAAGAAACUCGCAAUCUUCGACAGGCCCGGCAGAAAUCUGUAGUUGUAGUCCUACUCCGACAUUCCUCAGCGGAUUUUCCCACCGUGAUCAAAUAAGGCGCGACGCAUAAGGAUCUCUGGCUCUGUGCCCCACUAUUGCCCUUAUCGAACUAGUGAGCACGGACCUCGCUGACACCAAGCUGUUCAGCGGUGGAAAAAAGGGAGCCGGCUCUGAUGUCAGGAACGGAAGCGACUGAUCCCGCCGCGCAGGAAGGAGAACAGGAAUACGGCCCUGAGCAACCACCACAGCAGCCGAGCCCUCCAUCUCCAGAGGCUAUUCAGCCUGAGAAGGCGAAACCGGAAGAGCCGAAGUCAGAGGCGGAGAAACGGGAGGCGAAUACACCGCCACCAUUUGCAGAUCCCAAAGAUGGACAUAGCUCACCCACCAAGGAGCACCCUCCUCAGAGCUCAGUCAAUGGGAAGGAGGGGGAUAAACCAGCUACUCUGCGCUUCGUGAAGGUUUUUGAGCUCGAUUCGGAAGGGAAGUGGUCCGAUCAGGGUAUGGGUCAUGUAGAAUGCGUAUUUGUAGAGAAAAAGGACUGCAUGUGUCUUGUUGUUCGAUCCGAUAAGGAAGGAUCGGUGUUACUGAACACCACCAUUCGCAGCGAAGUAAACUACGUUCGCCAACAAGACACUCUGGUUGUUUGGACAGAACCUAGCGGGGAGGAUUUAGCAUUGAGCUUCCAGGACGUCGGUGGCUGCAAUGACACAUGGAAUGAACUCACGCAAAUCAGAAAGCGGCUGGCCGCAGAUAAGCAUGAUAUCGAUCAGUUACCUGAGAAUUCAGCGGAAUUACUGCGAGCUGAGAUCGAGGAGUCCGAGCUCACACAUCUGGAUCUUCCCGACCCGACCAUGGGAAAUGUGAAGGAGCUGGAACUCGCCGUGUGUCAUGCAGCUCGGUUUCAUAGUGGGAGAGCGGAAUUGGUGAAGACGAUGGAGAGGACGAACUUCGUCCCAAAACUGUUCCCCGUGUUCGAGCAAGCCGAGGAUCUUGACGAUUUCGAAACAUUGCAUGCUUUAGCCAACAUUCUUCGCGCCAUACUGACGGUCAAUGAAGGCUCCAUAUACCAAUACCUCCUCAGCGAUGAAGUGUUCAAAACGACGUUGGGCAUGCUGGAGUAUGACGGCGACCUCCCCAAUCAGAAAGCAAAUCACCGGGAGCACUUUGAGAAAAAUGCCAAGUUCAAGGAGGUCGUGCCGAUAAAGGAUGAAGAUAUCAAAGCAAAGAUUAUCCAAACGUACCGCGUGCAGUACUUGAAGGACGCGGCGCUAUUACGAUACCUGGACGACGGGAUGUUCUCGGCGUUGCUUUCCAUCAUUUUUUUCAACAACGUGGAGAUAUUACAAUACGUAAAGACCGACGCAACAUUCCUCAAGUCGCUCUUUGCGUUGCUGUCGGAGAAGGACGUGUCGGAGGAAAAGAAGAAGGACGCUCUCAACUUUUUGCACGAACUAUUUUCGGUGUUGAAACAGUUGCAGGGUAUGAAUAGAAACCUUUUCGAACGGCAUUGCCAGCCAAAAGAGCUCUUCAAAGUCAUGGUAGAAUACGGCCUCUUCAACGCAUUAGACGAGAUGCUGACGCGGGACGACGUGUCGGUACGCACCACUGCCGCAGCGAUAGCGGCUCACGUCAUCGAACACGACACGCAGCUCGUGAGGGAGCAAUCGGAAUUGCGAGCAAAGACACCUGGGCAGAAGCCAUUUGCGGAACGGCUUGUGGCGCUGUUCCUGUCAGAGACGAACACGGGGCUGAGGGCGCAGUAUGCGGAGAUGGUCCGGGCGCUGCUUGAUACGAAGGCGCUGGAUACGCAAGAGGGAAUCGUGUCCCACAGCGGUGUGAAUGCAAUAACGGAGGACAAGUUUUUGGACGUAUUUUAUGAGCGGUGGAUGCCCGAUCUGAUUAGCCCAAUUUUGCAAAUCAAAGCUGAUGUACCAGGCUUUGUGGGCACGGAUCCGGACCACGCAUCCCGAUGCAAUCACAUCUGCGAGAUGCUACUGUUUAUCAUCAAACAACACGACAUGCGAGGCAAAUUCCUGCUUGUCAGCACGGAAAUCGUGCCCAAGGUUGCGCUGUUACUUCAUGCGAAGGACACCUACCUGCGGUUGUCCGCGUUAAGAGUGUUCAGAACAUGCCUCACGAUGACGACGAAGGACGACUUCUAUACAAAGAAGAUCUUACUGGAGAAGAACGUCAUGGGGCAUAUUAUGCGCCUGUUCAUUGAGGUUAAGCACAAGUCCAACCUGCUCAACUCGGCGUGUUUGGAGAUCUUCGAUUAUUUGGUUAAGGAGAAUCCGAAACCUCUGGUUGCGAAUGUCGUGACCAAUUUCAGGGAUGAGCUGGCAGGCGUCACGUAUGUGAGGACGUGCCAGGCCCUCAUUUUGAGGUAUGAGCAGAACAUUGCGCCGCCGCCACCGGAAGAUACGCCCGAAGAUGCGAGGCCUUUAACAACACACCGUCGAGACGGCUGGACGCGCAUUGACGAAGACGAAGACGCAUACUUCAACGGCUCAGACGACGAUGACCUCGACUUCUCUUCCGACCUCGACGACGCAUCAACAUCCUCAGCCAAACGCAAAGCCACCUCUCCACCCCCAUCACUAAAGGCCAACGGAACACCCUCAUCAGAAACCCCCGCGAAAAUCCGCCACACCUCCCCGCCCACCAUCAUCAAAAAAUCUGCCUUCAACCGCGGCGCCAUCGAAUUCGUCCCUGCAUCCCCGGAUCUGCGCCUCAACCGCCCGCUUGUGGACUACCCCGACGAUGACGAUGACGAUGAUGACGACCCGCUAGUCAACCUCGUGGCGCGGAACAGGGAUAACAAGUCGCCAUUAUCCAACCCAACGCGGCCGCCAGAAGGGCCCGUAAAACCCGUGAGUCCUCUUGUGCGACCGAAGACGUCGACGGGACCGCGGAUCAGUUUUUCCUUGGGGACGACGACGAAAGUGGAGAAACGGCCGAGGAGUGAGGAUGGGGAGGAGGUGGGGUUGAAUGGGGAGCAUGCGGCGAAGAAGGGGAGGGCGGGGGAUAUGGGGGGUGAGACUGUGGGUGAGGAGAUUGCUACGAAGGCGGCGGACAACGUAUCGUCGUCACAAUCCACGAUGAUCAACGGCAACCACGGCAACGAGCUCACGCGUGCCCAAUCGUCCACACCGGGCCCGUCAUCGGUCGGAGAGACACAGCGGGCAUCCGCACCCCCACCCACAACACCGGCGGUGUCCGCAGCCCCAGCAUCCCCACCAACACCACAAGCCGCGAAACCAACAAACGAAAACAACGACUCUGUACCCGCCGCGCCGGCCGUCAUCACCAGUCAAGUGGAGAUUGUCGCCCCAUCGGCGAGUCAUGAUGAUGACGCGGAUGGUGAUGGGCGCGAGUCCCCACCGCCAUGCCCGGACGAUCCGAGGGAAAGGGAACGAUCAGCGAGCGUCGCGAUGGUUGGUGGGGAUAGUUGAAGAACAUCAUAUCUUGCAACACACACCUGCGGGGCCACCCAAGAUGAACCCAUUGUUUGACUGCCCCCCUCUUCUGAAUACAUCCACUGCCCCCCAUCACCAUCACCAUCACCAUCACCACCACCAACAACAAUCCCGGGCAAGUCUGUUCAUACUUCCGUUAUGCUAGUGUUGUACAUGUACAUGUAUCUACCCCCCCCCCCCAUUUCAUUUUUACAUCGCCCGCCCCUCCCCGCUCUACUACUCGAUCGCAUGUUUCCCGAGAUUUUUUGUUUCCGUGUAUGUAAGACACGAUUGCGACGUUUUUUAUGUGUUUUUCUUCUUUUGUUGUGGUAGAAAUGGAAAUGUGAGGGGGUUGUGGCAUGAUUCGCAUGGGCACUGAUCGGUUGGAUGAUGGGGGGGGUGGAUUGACUGGGAAAACCGCCACCACUGGCCACGAAUCUUCCAUAUUCAAGGGGUAAUCCUGUAAAAACGCGUCAAGGAAAAAAAG